GUAAUAGGAACUGUCCGAUCGAUCAACACCAUAGAAACCAAUGCCAGUACUGCAGACUCAGGAAAUGUCUCAAAAUGGGCAUGAGGAGAGAAGUUACAUCCUCGGUACAAAGAGGCAGAGUUCCACCGACGCAACCCGCGGGACUCGCUCUUCCCGGCCAGUUUGCUCUCACAAACGGCGACCCGGCCGGCGGCCUCAACAGCCACCCCUACCUCUCCUCCUACAUAUCACUUCUGCUCCGAGCCGAGCCCUACCCUACCUCGCGAUACGGCCAGUGCGUCCAGCCCACCAAUGUCAUGGGCAUAGACAAUAUCUGCGAGCUGGCAGCGAGACUGCUCUUCUCCGCCGUCGAGUGGGCGCGAAACAUCCCCUUCUUCCCCGACCUCCAGGUCACCGACCAGGUCGCGUUACUACGACUUGUGUGGUCGGAGUUAUUCGUCCUAAACGCAUCCCAGUGCUCGAUGCCCCUCCACGUGGCGCCGCUGCUCGCCGCCGCGGGCCUGCACGCCUCGCCCAUGGCGGCGGACCGCGUGGUCGCCUUCAUGGACCACAUACGAAUCUUCCAAGAGCAAGUGGAGAAGCUGAAGGCACUCCACGUGGACUCGGCGGAGUACUCCUGUCUGAAGGCGAUCGUCCUCUUCACGACAGAUGCGUGUGGUCUAUCCGAUGUACCGCACAUAGAAAGCUUACAAGAGAAAUCACAAUGCGCGCUAGAAGAGUAUUGCAGGAGUCAGUAUCCCAACCAACCAACAAGGUUCGGCAAACUCCUGCUUCGACUACCUUCCUUAAGGACCGUCAGCUCACAAGUCAUAGAACAACUAUUCUUCGUCCGUCUCGUCGGAAAAACUCCCAUAGAGACAUUGAUAAGGGAUAUGUUACUGUCCGGGAGUUCGUUCUCGUGGCCCUACAUGGCGACCAUGUGACAUACGAUGUGGCGACAGCUCGCGGCGGCCUGAUCCUCGCCGUACGGCUUCUCGCCGUACCUGCCUCAGUUCCACCUCCAGAGAUACCAGAGUGAGGCGCAGGAGGACGCGGUGACGUCAUCCAGCGAGUUCCAAGAACAGUCGGAGGAAUACUACAGAAGAGAAAAGGCCGAUUGUCCGACCUUUGAUCCGACGUUCUACGCGUCAAAAUCGACGGAAUCCGACGUGUUCGAAGCGACGACAUCGGAGUCAAAAAAUAAAACGUCUUUGAUGAUCGACAACCUCUUGAAUUUAAGACAAGAAUCUUGCUCCUUGCCGGACAUUAAGUAAAAAGUGGGUCAGUAGAGUUUAUUAGUUCAUUUUGUUCCUUUGUAUAAAAAAAUAAAUUAGGUUAGUUGUAAUAUUUAAUGAUGUAAAUAAAAUGUUUUUAUUACUGUAAAUCUACCGAAUGUAAUAUAAUGAUUAGGGUACGAGAGACAUGUUCUAUAGAGAUGUGGUUUCGACGAAAUGUUUCCUUCUUCGGAAUUGAUUUAGGUUUCGGAAAAAAACUUUUUAUACGCAAUACUUUUUAGUGAUUGUUUUUUUUAAUGAAUCGAAGAGCAAUUUAUUGUUUGAAAGCAAUGUAAGUCGGUCGUGCAAUCUUUGUGUGUAGUUAUUAUAAUUUAGGGAUAAUAGUGAUUUUUGAGGUCUUUAAA